ACAAAUUGUGUUGAUGUCCUGUUAGGAAGAGAGAGGACCAGACCUUCGUAACUGAUGUCCUAUUAGGAAGAGAGAGGACCAGACCUUCCUAACCAGCCGCUCCUGAAAGGGGAAGGACUUAGUAAGAUGGCUGGAUUCAGCUGUCUGAGCCUGGAUGGCGAGUAUGGGGGUUACUUAUGGUUGUUUUCUAUUUCAUGGAGAUACAAAGGAGAAAAUAACUUUAGCAUAACUUUGACAACUCUGCCAGGUGACCCCACCCACAGAUGAAGUCUCAGGCACAUGAGAGCCCACCUUGGGCAGGGAGUUGCCAUCAGAAUAGAAACUGAACUCGGGGUUUGAAAUUUUCAUCAGGGGCCAUGGAUGGCAGAAAGGAGGGAGCUCAUUUAGUCUGUGGGUGUUCAAAAACGCCCAGAGAUAAACAGUUCAAGAGAAGACUACUGGCAAAAGAAGAUAGAUCCCAAAUGACCUUCUGAGAGUUUCUGUAGCAGUCUUCAUACCUGAUCCUACAAGAGCCGUUUUGGGAAAUGGAUAGGAUAUUUGUUCUGGUUCUCACUUUUUAACAGAUUUGUACGCUGAGAGGGAGGAGAUUUGUGGAGUUCAGUGAUAGAAUGUCCAGGAUCCCAACCUGAGAUACUUUUUUCAUCAAGGCAAAUAUAAGGUAUGAAGUGAGUGAGUACUAAAGUAACUUUUGGAGAAGAACCUGUGGCUUGUAUUUACAAGCAGAUUGGAGCCAUCCGAGCAUCCCUCUUUCUUUUCGCCUGGCACCUGAUUGCCCUGCUUUCCCUACAUCCAACACUGUGCAGUAGCUGGAGAAUGGAGCCAAAUGGAUGGUGAGCAUGCGGCUAUUUGGACUGAGCCAGCAGUGUCCCUCUGCCAGGGCUGGAGAAUACCUGUCCUAGAGAGCACUGAGUAGAUUUUCCUCUCCCAGCACCAGCAUCCAUCCUACAGGUGACUCCCCUCAUGGCUGAGACAGUGGACUCCACGAGCAGUGCCUGGAUCAAAGUGGAACAGCUAAAGCCAUACCAUGCACACAAGGAGGAAAUGAUCAAGAUCAACAAGGGAAAACGAUUCCAGCAGGCUGUGGAUGCUGUCGAAGAGUUCCUCCGGAGAGCCAAAGGGAAAGACCAGACAUCGUCCCACAAUUCUGCUGAUGACAAGAAUCGGCGUAAUUCCAGUGAGGAGAGAAGUAGGCCAAACUCAGGUGAUGAGAAGCGGAAGCUUAGCCUGUCUGAAGGGAAGGUGAAGAAGAACAUGGGAGAAGGAAAGAAGAGGGUGUCUUCAGGCUCUUCAGAGAGAGGCUCCAAGUCCCCUCUGAAAAGAGCCCAAGAGCAGAGUCCCCGGAAACGGGGUCGGCCCCCAAAGGAUGAGAAGGAUCUCACCAUCCCUGAGUCUAGUACCGUGAAGGGGGUGAUGGCUGGACCGAUGGCCGCGUUUAAAUGGCAGCCGACUGUGAGUGAGCCUGUGAAAGAUGCAGACCCUCAUUUCCAUCAUUUCCUGCUCAGCCAAACUGAGAAGCCAGCUGUCUGUUACCAGGCAAUCACAAAGAAGUUGAAAAUAUGUGAAGAGGAAACUGGGUCCACCUCCAUCCAGGCAGCAGACAGCACGGCCGUGAAUGGCAGCAUCACACCCACAGACAAAAAGAUAGGAUUUUUGGGCCUUGGCCUCAUGGGAAGUGGCAUCGUCUCCAACUUGCUAAAAAUGGGUCACACAGUGACUGUCUGGAACCGGACUGCAGAAAAAGAAUCCUUCAGCAGACACUUGUUCUGUGCUUACUGUGAAGUAGAACAUCGUUCUAGGCACCAGUGUGAUUUGUUCAUCCAGGAGGGGGCCCGCCUAGGAAGAACCCCCGCUGAAGUCGUUUCGACUUGUGACAUCACCUUUGCCUGCGUGUCAGAUCCAAAGGCAGCCAAGGACCUGGUGCUGGGCCCCAGUGGUGUGCUGCAGGGGAUCCGCCCCGGGAAGUGCUACGUGGACAUGUCAACAGUGGAUGCUGACACAGUCACCGAGCUGGCCCAGGUGAUUGUGUCCAGGGGGGGCCGCUUUCUGGAAGCCCCAGUCUCAGGGAAUCAGCAGCUGUCUAAUGAUGGGAUGUUGGUGAUCUUAGCAGCCGGAGACAGGGGCUUGUAUGAGGACUGCAGCAGCUGCUUCCAGGCAAUGGGGAAGACCUCCUUCUUUCUAGGUGAGGUUGGCAACGCAGCCAAGAUGAUGCUGAUCGUGAACAUGGUACAGGGAAGCUUCAUGGCCACCAUCGCUGAGGGGUUAACCCUGGCCCAAGUGACAGGCCAGUCCCAGCAGACACUCUUGGACAUCCUCAAUCAGGGACAGUUAGCCAGCAUCUUCCUGGACCAGAAGUGCCAAAAUAUCCUGCAAGGGAACUUUAAGCCUGAUUUCUACCUGAAGUACAUUCAGAAGGAUCUCCGUUUAGCCAUUGCCCUGGGGGAUGCCGUCAACCAUCCUACUCCAAUGGCAGCUGCAGCCAAUGAGGUGUACAAAAGAGCCAAGGCACUGGACCAGUCUGACAACGACAUGUCUGCCGUGUACCGAGCCUACAUACACUAAGCCCUUGAUACCCCACCCCUGCCCCCCCAAUCUUCCCUCUGACCCCUCCUCCUCACAUGGGGUUGGGGUCCUGGGACUUAACUCUGGACCAGUCCACCUGUCUCCAUCUCCUUUUAUACAGACUUUGAGACUUGCCAUCAGCACAGCACACAGCGUCACUCCUCCCCUGGAGGUCCUGGGGAGGGGAGGGGUGUCAGCAGGAUUGGCCUUUGGGAAAGCUCUUGAGCUGGGCACUGGCCCUGGACUAGGUGGCUGUGUGUUCACACACACACACACAUACACAAAAACACACACAACCCCUAUACACCACACACUGGCUCUCACCCCAGGAUAGAAGCUGCCCAGAAACUGCUGCCUGGCUUCCCCCCCCCCCCGCCGCCCCCUUCUGAGCUUGUCUUAUCUCAGACCCUUUCCAGUCAAGGAAAUAGAAUCAGCAGUAAGAACUGGAAGCCUUUCCACUUCCUUCCUUCAGAGCGAAGAGGCUGUGGUUAUGUUCACAUCCCCCCUGGAUCCCGCACAUGAAACAGAGGCUCUGGGUCAAGAUGAGCCAGCACUGACUCCAAACAGAGGGUCCUCAUGGGCCCUCCAACCUCAGGUGACCAGCUGAUGAGGAUUGUCAUGUUUAACCUACCAGUGUGCAACCAACUUUCCAUAAAUGCCUUUGUGAACUGAAAAGAAAUUGGCCAAGUUGAGCAGACACAGGGCUCUGGCUCUCUAGGGAGAGCAGCAAAUCGCCAGCACAUUAGGUGAGCCCCACAGAAGCCUACUCUCGUCACUGCUCUUGAGCACCUGUCCCAGAAGUUACCGUCACUGCAGAGCCCUGGGCUGGGAUCAGACUUCCUUGCUUGGUGUAGGGAGAGCUCACUCCUCACCAGGCUCUUUAAGUAUUUGGAUUUGCAUUCCAGCCCUUGGGAACAGGUAUCCUGAGGGCCACCAGGGAGGAGUGAAGAGGGAGGAGAGUGGGGUUCCUUCCUGUUUUCCGUUAUGCUGCAGACUCCCACCUCGUUCUGGAAGAGUCACUCUGACUGGGUCCCCUCACAGCAGUCCCACACUCUCCAGCCUGCUCCUGCACAUGUUCCCCACCUGCCCAUACCUUCAUUCUCCCUUUCUCCUUUUCUUCCCAUGGAGACAGUGUUUCUGUCUGUCCCUUCUUUGGCCCAUACCCAGCCUGACCAACGAUGGCCAUUUAGGCUCAGCUCUUGAAACAGGAACGAGUGUCUUCACUUCAGCCAGAAGCAUGGUCUUCGAUGCUUCCAGGGCCCCAGGGUCUCGGGAGGGAAGAGAACUGGGCCUGACCCAGCCUGAACUAUCUGACCCUAAGAGGUGGAUCUAAGACAUCCUCGAGACCCUAACAUUUCUCCUUGGACAGGGGACCAGAGAGGCUUGGAAUGUGGCAUAAAAACAAGGAGAAGUCACCUAAAGGAUGUCAAUGUUCUCUCCCUUCCAUGGGUUGCAUUUUCCAAAGUCACACUUUGCAGGUCAGCGUUUUUAGUGAAUAUAUAGAAUGAGACCACAUUGGUGUGGGCCCCUCCCCCCUCAACCUUGGCCCAUUUGCGCUGAUCAGAACCCAGGCUAGGGGAUCUCAGAAGACAUAGGGGGAGGGCAAGGAAGAUGCCUGCGUGUUUUUGGCAUAACUUCACUGGGAUUUGGAAUUCUUUUCUGUCUGAACACAAAGCCUGUUCUAGUCCUAGCCGGACAUUUUGGGGGGGGUGGGGGGUGGGGAAGAUACUGUAAUGAAACUGGUUAGUCAAUGUUGUCUUAAUAUUGUUGACAAUUCUGUAAAGUUUCUUUUUAUGAGUAUUUCUGUUUAAGCUAUUUCACCUUUGUUUUGAAAUCCUUCCCUUUUAGGAGAAAAUGUGACACUUGUGAAAAAGCUUGUAAGAAAGCCCCUCUUCCGCGACCCCCCCUUUUUUUUCUUUAAACCUACUUUAAAGGACAAAUCUAGGUAAUUAAGGUUGUGAAUUUUUAUUUUUGCUUUGUUUUUAAAGAACAUUUGUCUUUCAGAAUAGGAUUGUGUGAUAAUGUUUAAAUGGCAAAAACAAAACAUGAUUUUGUGCAAUUAACAAAAAGCUACUGCAAGCAAAAUAAAACGUUUCUUGGUAACACAA